AUGCAAACAAGUCUAAAUGACGCUUCGAGUCUUGGCCGUUCCUUUGCCUUUGUCACACUGCGCAAAAUCGCUUCAGCAUCAAUGUUCACCAGUGCGCAACACUGUGCUGCCUUUGACAUAGCCGCGGGCAACGUCGAGUUACCAACGGCUUUGUGCCCACGAGGAGGGUUCGUCGGGGCGCUGGGGCAAAUUGAGACUGAUCCAACGCGUGCCGUCUCCCAGGCCCAACCAAUAUUGAAGGACAGUAGUGUGAUAUCCACAGAAGCAUCACGCCCUGUAUCCUGUUUAGGUAAACGGAGCAGACACGUUUGUGCGAUGUGGACUCGUCUAGUGGUUGAACUCGGCAGGCAAACAGCCCAACGGGAAUGGCCGACGCUAGUUGAGCUUGCGGUAUAA